GAAGGAGGAGGAGGAAGAGGAAAGGGCCGGGCGGCGGUGGCGGCUCUAGGUUGCUCGGUGGCGGCGGCGGCGGCGGCGGCGACGACUCUAUCGGGUGGACGAUGGACAGCCAGGGCAGGAAGGUCGUGGUGUGUGACAACGGCACCGGGUUUGUGAAGUGUGGAUAUGCAGGCUCUAACUUCCCAGAACACAUCUUCCCAGCUUUGGUUGGAAGACCUAUUAUCAGAUCAACCACCAAAGUGGGAAACAUUGAAAUCAAGGACCUUAUGGUUGGUGACGAGGCAAGUGAAUUACGCUCGAUGUUAGAAGUUAACUACCCUAUGGAAAAUGGCAUAGUACGAAAUUGGGAUGACAUGAAACACCUGUGGGACUAUACAUUUGGACCAGAGAAACUUAACAUAGAUACGAGAAAUUGUAAAAUCUUACUCACAGAACCUCCUAUGAAUCCAACUAAAAACAGAGAGAAGAUUGUAGAGGUAAUGUUUGAAACUUACCAGUUUUCUGGUGUGUAUGUAGCCAUCCAGGCGGUUCUGACUUUGUAUGCUCAAGGUUUAUUGACUGGAGUAGUGGUGGAUUCUGGAGAUGGUGUAACUCAUAUUUGCCCGGUGUAUGAAGGCUUUUCUCUCCCUCACCUUACCAGGAGACUGGAUAUUGCUGGAAGGGAUAUUACCAGGUAUCUCAUCAAGCUCCUUCUGUUGCGGGGAUAUGCCUUCAACCAUUCUGCUGAUUUUGAAACAGUUCGCAUGAUUAAAGAAAAACUGUGCUAUGUUGGGUAUAAUAUUGAGCAAGAGCAGAAACUGGCCUUAGAAACCACAGUAUUAGUCGAAUCUUACACACUUCCAGAUGGUCGCAUUAUCAAAGUUGGGGGAGAGAGAUUUGAAGCCCCAGAAGCUCUGUUUCAGCCUCACUUGAUCAACGUGGAGGGAGUAGGUGUUGCUGAGCUGCUUUUUAACACAAUACAGGCAGCUGACAUUGAUACCAGAUCUGAAUUCUAUAAGCACAUUGUGCUCUCUGGAGGGUCUACUAUGUACCCUGGUCUGCCAUCAAGGUUGGAACGAGAACUCAAACAACUUUACUUAGAACGAGUUUUAAAGGGAGACGUGGAAAAACUUUCUAAAUUUAAGAUCCGCAUAGAAGACCCACCCCGCAGAAAGCACAUGGUAUUCCUGGGUGGUGCGGUUUUGGCCGAUAUCAUGAAAGACAAAGACAACUUUUGGAUGACCCGACAAGAAUAUCAAGAAAAGGGUGUCCGUGUGCUAGAGAAACUUGGUGUGACUGUUCGAUAAACUCCCAGGCUUGUCCCAUCACACCUCUGUGCUUUCUGUUUUCCUUUAUUGCCAAUCUUUGAACUCACUCAUCUCCAGGACAUGGAAGAGGCCUCUUUGUGCCCUUUGACUGAAAAGGUCAGGUUUUUUUCUGGUGUCUUAGGGAAGACCUGUUAAAUUUUUGUUAAUGUGGGUAAAUCUGACUUGUUUAAUUCAACCACUUCCCUACAAACAGGACAAGAGGGCAAAAGGGUCCUGUCUUGCUGCAUUGUUUCUUCUAAGUAGGCAUUUAGAUCAUUCCUGUAGGCUUCAUAUUUUCAUUUUACUGCUCUAAUGCUGCUAGUUUUAGUCUUUAGCACACUAGGUGGUAUGCCUUUAUUAGCAUAAGGAAAAACCUUAACAGGAGCUUUUACAUAUUAUUGGCUGGGCUGCAAGGGGCGGGUGGGCGAGCCCUUUACUGUAGCCCUCUACUGGUGUUUGCAACAGUUACUGCUACAGCUUUUGAAGUACCUUAAAGCUUCUCAUAUUAACGUUUUAGGGAAAUGUUAGGCUCAGAACUAAAGUGUUGUGGGUGGGUUUUUGUGUGGGGAGGCGGGUGGCCUUUUGAUUUUUUCAUUUGUGAGCUUUUCUGAUCUCGGGUUCAUAAGAUAAAUUUUAUUUACAGUACUUUGAUUUGGCAGAUUUUCUCCUACUUUUGGUCUGCCUGGAACUUUUUCGAUAUGGUAUAAAAAGCAAGUAUAGUAUUCUAUUAUCAUGUGACUUAGGGAUUUAUUUGUUUUUUAAAAUCAACCAGGUUAGCUGUGACUAGAUUCCCUAGAAUCUGUCAGUGAAGAAAUAACAUUUUAAAAAUGCUUUUGGCUAUUCAAAUUACAGUUUAAAAAAGUGCUUAAGAGCUGGUAUUUUCUAAGUGCUUCUGUUUAUAUAAGAAGCAUUAAGGUAACCCAGUGCCAAGUACUAUUCUUGCAAAUGAUUCUUUUAUAUAACUGGCCAGUGCUUAUUUAACAAAAACAAGUAAAUACAUAAAAUAAUUGCUGGCAGUAGGUUAUAAUUGUUGGUUCAAAAAUAAUAUUGAAAUAUGGGACUUGUUGCCAGUUAAAUAAUUUCUAUUAGUUUUUUUGUUUUGAUUGGAAACCUAGAAAUGGAGUAAACUUGACUAUUGAAAAUGUUGGCAAGAAAUCAAGAUUUAAAUUUGUAUUUGUCCCCAAAAACUAAUCAUCAUACCUACUAAAUCCCAGCCAUCUUAUGCUUGAAAAAGAGUUGUGGCAUUUUGUAAAUGUUAGCAGACUUUUCAUACCUGUGUCAGAAGGUCGUAUUUAUGAAUCUUGCUGACAAUGCUUGGUAUCUGAGAAAAUAUCAGAUAGUACUCAGGCUUGAGUUCUUGCUAAAUUUGAAAAAGUGAUAUGAAAUUAUACAAAAGUACAGUUGGAUAUUCUGUACAGAAUGCAGAUGCAGAGGGAAAAUUUUUCCCUUCAUUUCAAAAUAUUCUUUACUAAUAAUGGCUUCGAAAAAGGCAGCUUCCUUUUGAGGGUGACUGAAAUUAGAGAAAAUGUGAGAAAAUAAAAAUAUAAGCAGCAGCAGAAGGUCAGUUUUAAUUAUACAGCUUCUGUUAAUAUUGUCUCUUUUUUUUUUUUUGUCUGUUCUACUGUAAUUGGAACA